AAGUGUCCUGGAUUUUGAUGCUGUGGGUCAGAGGUUGUAAGCAGUCUGCUGACUGGGGUUACCUGCUGUCUCUGCAUGGCCUGUGGGUGCAGGAAUGGUGGGGUUGUGCUAAAGGCAUGGGGCUGAGAGAUGGUGAUGGCAGGGGGAUUCCUGAAAGUUCCAUGUGGCUGUAGGUAUUGAUGGGCGUGAACAACACGGGGUGAGGGGAUCUGCAUCUGCCCAGGCGUCCCUGCAAAACUGAAUCCCGGGGUACUCCCUAUUGCUCUGUCCUUGGCUCUUCGGUGGGAAUGCACAAGUGAACCUGACAUCCUCAUACCCACCAAAGCCUGACCUCACAUGCCAAGUCAAGGGUCACAUAUGUCUAAAAGUUGAAAAAAGUACCUGAGUAGGGGCUUUGGACAGGACAGGCUGCCCCUAGGGCUUCUGUGGGCUUGGAUAAGGUCAGGGAAGGGUCAGAUUUAGGUGCGGAGAAAGGUGAGUUCACAGGAAGGCUCUGGAGGCUGUGUACAAGGCUGGUGGUAAAGCAGGGACUCCAGUGCAGGGGAGGUGGCCUCACCCCUAGUUGCUCACACAUACUGCCUACAGAGAUUCCCAGAUCUGGUGAUGGUUCUAGCCUCAUUUGAAGGCCUCAAAUUACCUUGAACCUGUGAACCAGUUCCAGACUAAGAAGGGCUGCUUUCACCUGGCCAUUUACAGGGGCUGCCAGUUCUCUUUGCUGAAGAGCUCUGUGCUUUGCAAAGGGAUUCUUCUCUUCCUGGAAGGCCUUCCCAUUGGAUCUGCCGGGACUGCUUUUGGAUCUUUUUGCACCAAAGAGCUGGUGGGGAAUAAGGAAAGAUCAAGCUCAGUCUGAUGCUCCAAGACCACUUCAAGCUGGCCUUUGAACCUUGUCAACAAUAAGACCCUGAGUCUUCUGAAAACAGAGCUGGAGUAACUUGGGGAGUCAUCUCUCCAUUUCACAGGCACUAGCUGGAGGCCUUCGGCAAAUGAUUUUUCCUCCUAGCGCCAAACGCAGAUAGUAAGGGAAUCUCCUCUUCCGGCUGUUAUGAGGAUUUUAUGAGCUACUCCAGGAGGAGAACCUGGCAGUGAUGAAUAAAUGUGAACUGAACUAAAGUAUUUAGCACCAGGCCUGGCAUAUGGUUGCACUCUCAGUACGAUUGCUGGUGAUGCCUCAAAUACCUGAGACAUGAUGAGGGAUGUAGAGAGAGGGAAAAUACUCUUACCCGUCCUGUUGAAGGUCAUCCAUCCUGAAGACAGAAGCCUGUACCUCAGGUAGCCCAUGGCGAGCAGAGUUUUCCAGUCAAACUUCACCUGGUCCAAGAUACUGGAGCUAUGGAGGGACACCAGUGCUCUGAAGGGAGCCUUUGAGGUGGGGGACCUGCCAACAGUAGCCACCAAGCUGCAGGCCACACUUCACUUGCCGGAGAACGCCAGGCUGGACACUGGCAUUACUGGGGGCACAGGCUCAGGCAAGUCGACCUUUGUCAAUGCCAUCAGGGGGCUGGGAGACGAGGACCCCAGAUCAGCCUACACGGGCGUGGUGGAAAUGUCGGUGGACCCCACACCAUAUGCACACCCUAAGUACCCCAACGUUGUCAUCUGGGACCUGCUGGGCAUUGACACGCCCACCUUCCAAGCCAAAAAAUACCUCCAGCAGGUGCUGCUGGACCGUUAUGACUUCCUCCUCCUCAUCACCUUGGAGAGCUUCACUGCCCACCAUACCCAGCUAGCCUGUGAGAUCCUGCAGCAGGGCAAGCGCUUCUACUUCAUCCGCUCCAAGGUGGACGUGGACAUGCGGCCUCAUGCAGCCGGCGCCCCAGCACCUUUUCAGAGGAAAGAGCACUCAGCCAGACCCGGGAGGACUGUUGGCAACGGCUGGAAGUGGGGGGCGUGAAGGCCCCGUCUUCCGGCUUUCCAUGUUUGAGCUGGGCAAGUACAAUUUCGACCUGCUGGAGGAGUUGAUGGUGAAGGAACUCCAUAAACAGCCAUAAGCGGCAUGCGUUUCUGCUGGCCAUGCCCAACAUCUCGAAGCCCAUCCUAGAGCAGAAGGCAGCCUCGCUACAGCAGCACCUCUGGCUGGUGACCACUGUGGCCUGCGGUGUCAACCCAAGCCCUGUGCCAGUUGUGCAGGAUGUGGUGUGUGACCUGUGCAUGCUCAUCAACUCCCUGGAAGGCUACUGCCACAGCUUCGGCUUAGACAAGGACUCCCUCAUAAUGCUGGCGGAGCAGACAGGCCAGCCCUGGCACAAGAUCCUGGAGGCAGUACAGGGCCUGAAGACCAAAGUCACUGAGGCACUAGUGGUCGAACUACUGGGCCAGGCCUCCAGGGAUGCCUCUGCAUUCACACAGGAGCUCCUCAACGUGCCUGUCCUAGGCACCUUGGUCACCUGUGGCAUCUCCUUUGCUACCAUCUACCAGAUGCUCCGCACGUCUCUGGAUAAGGUGAUCAAGGAUGCCCAGAAAGUGCUGACUUAGGCCUUCCUCGACAAGCCCAACCACAAGAUCCCAGAUAAAUCCAAUCAACAAUCCCAGCCCUGACCCUAGGCCAGCUGGAAGUGGUAGUGAAGGGCUGGGAGGCUAUAGGUUCUAUCUGUCCCCAGGCUGUGUGGUGUUGGGGGAUGGAAAGAAAUGCAAGCUCUAACUCUCCUG